CUUUCGACGGGAAUAAUAGAAUGGAACGUAUCGAGCGACGGCGCUUGGCGACUAAUUAUAGGUGUGCUCGGCGAUGUCGGCCCUGUGAUUGGCUCGGCCGCAUUUUCGAGUCCGGAUCUGUCAAGAAAGCUCGUAAGAAAUACAAAAGUAUACCGUGUGUGAAUGACCGAGUACGCAUGACGGAACGAUGCGUGUUCCCUGGUUUGACGGCGGUAGAGCGCCGCGCGCGGUGCAUGAGGGAGAAGAAGGAAAGAGAAAGUGCAAUCGAGGCGAACGGGCGUGAAGGAGAUGGCAGGUUGGACACGAGGACAACGAAGCGAAUAGUGGAGACAGGGACGUAUGAACGCUCUGGAUCCAUGAGAACGCGAGGAGGGAGCUCAGCGGUUCCGCCUUCAAUACCUUGUCGGACAGGAUAUCCAUAAAUUGCCAAAGUGCGGCUUUUCGCACAGCGCGCUUUGUGGAAGUGGCUUUGUAGAGAAAGAAACAGUCAAGAGAUAUACUUCUGAUUGUGGAGGUCCUAGCCGUUCCCCACGAUCAUACGUACCUGGAGCCGCGCCUGGUGGGGGCAGAAGGAGCGGAGAGCGAGGGUGUCGGUCGUUCGGUCGGCGCACAGCGAACAGUGGUGAGCGGACUCGUAUACCGGCUACGGGUCGUCGUGUGAUGGACGAGCUCGCGAGCAGCGUGCAAUAACCGUCGUCGGGUCGAGAGGAAGAGGCCGCGUGUCGCGCGGGGCCAAUCGAGUCGCGGAAGAACCCUGGAAUAAGCAUAAUCCGUCGAGGGAAGUAACGUUCCGUGGGCGCGUCGCCAAGAAAAGAGCUACGCGCAGUACCGACGUGCGUCAAGAUGUGAGAGAACUCCGGAAUCGUGAGGGACGAGCAAGUCAGCCUGUGCAAAAGGACGACCGUAUCGUCGGCGUCGUCAGCUCGACGGGAAACCCGCGACCGCGGUGGUUCGGAGUGAUCCUCUUCGAGGUUCACCCGAAAGCACUAGUAAGGGUGGGCACGAGCAGCUAUCGAGCGGCCUCCCCUCGCGGGGAUGCACGUGUAUGCAUCUCGCCGGAGGUAGGUAGGACGUCUCCCCGUGCCACGCUGCGAAAACAGAACGUCAGUUUCAGCGAUGGAUCAUCCGUGGGGUAAGAGAGAGUAAGGUGCGUGGUCCAGGUGUCGACCAGUGACACAGGUAAUCACGGCUCUCGUGUCACCUGAUCCAGCGGCGUACAUAUGUUGUUGUUGUCCCACGCGACACAUGUCGCUUCACCGUGUCGCUCAUCAUCGCGCGGCAAUUGCUGGUGAACGCCGUGAGAAUCUCAGGAUCCUCAACCCUCCUCCUCUGCGUUAGACAAUAAAGGAUCGUCGAUGUCACCGCCACUUAAUACGCGAAACGCCGAGAGCACGAGCAUGCGACUCGACACCGCUGUCGGAUGUAGAUUUCUUCCGGAGGCAGGAAAACAUAUCGUCAAGAGACGGACGCAACGACCAGCGCAUCGUCGCGAGUGAACGGCGCUUGUCGCUUCAAUUAUUCGAUUUCAGUUGGAUAUACGACGACAAACGCUUAUUAAUUCACGUUGUCUCGUGACGUCAACGAUCACUGAAGGAAGAAAAGCUCGCGAUUAUUCUAGUCGCAUCAUCUUCACCUUGACGAGACCUUGACAGGACUUGGGCAGGACAACAUCAAGCACGUUUUCGGAACUUACGAGAGUCUCUUUCUCUGUAAGGAACGUCGAGUCUAUAUCACACUUAUCGACAUUUGACGGCUCACCAUUCCGGAUAUGCCAUCGAGUGCGUACCCGGGACACGAUACGUCGAGACAUCAGCAGCUAUCGCGGAACUGCCGCAUCGCCGUGAUUAUCGACGCUUCCUCGUCGACAUUGAUUGCACCGUAAAGAACUCAAGCACCAGAAUGCUGCCACCAAGCGCGAUCGACGUGCAGGGUUUCUCGCCCCGCGACGUGAGCACCCGUGGCCUGCUGUCGGAGACGAUGUGCGCCGAGUUGCGACCCGACGUGACAGCUACCUCGACAACGUGUCACAUCCUCGAGGCGCGUGCAGUCGCGAGAUGCCAUGAAGAAUUCGACGAGACUAUCCGCACCGCCUCGGAGCCGGAAUGUUCCAAGCGGAGGAUCGAAUCGACGGCCGGCGGGAGCACCAGGUCCAUGGACGGCCGGUCGCGGCAAGGCUUCUCCAAGGGUUCCGCCUCUCUGCAGAGCUUAGUGCGCCGGAGGAGCCGGAGACACGGCGGUGGCGGCUCGUCCUUGCCUCUAGAGGCCGAGCUGUCCUCGAGACAGGCCGUUUACCCCGCGGACCUUGCCAAGGACAACGCGAACACGGCGAUGGUAUUCCGCAACGGGGAAGAGGAGACGCGAACCGCGACGCCGACGUCGACGCUCAUCUACGCGACCUCCUCAGUACAGCCACUGGGGUCGACGUCGCGGGCCGAUAAUAACGUCAAAGACGUCUCCUCGUCGACCAGCAACGUUCUUCCCAGCGGCAGCAACGCUACCUCCACGACGAUCAGCGGCAGCGGCGGCCGUUUCGGUAACACUGCGGCGGUUUCGUUGCCGAGGAGCGCGACCAGCGUCGCGACGCCGGGACCGUCGACCUCCUCGUGGAACAACAGCGUCGCCGAGCAGGAGAGCGACUACGUGGUCGACCCGGUGCAGGGCAACGCUUAUCACAAGGGUCACUUCCUCGGCAAGGGCGGCUUUGCGAGAGUUUACCUGAUGACCGACGUCAAUAAUGGGAACCAAUACGCGUGCAAGAUCAUCCCGAAAAAUCGUAUGCAGAAAAUACACAUGCAGAAGAUCGCGCGUGAGAUCAUGAUCCACAAGGAGCUGAAUCAUGUGAACGUCGUUCAGAUGCAUCACUAUUUCGAGGACAACUUGAAUGUGUACAUGCUUCUGGAGGCUUGCCCGCGUAAGAGCUUGAUGCACGUGCUGAAGUACCGUGGCAAAGUCACGGAACCGGAAGCGCGUUACUAUAUGAAGCAAAUGGUGACCGGCGUGGCGUACAUCCACUCUCAGAAAGUCGUCCAUCGAGAUCUGAAGCCGGGCAACAUGUUCCUGUCGGAUCGGAUGAUCGUCAAGAUCGGCGACUUCGGACUGGCGACCAGGCCUGACGGCCAACGUAGGACGAUAUGCGGCACGCCGAACUACAUCGCCCCGGAAGUGUUGUACAAGCAGGCGUACAGCUACGAGGCGGAUGUUUGGGCGUUGGGCUGCAUACUUUAUGCCUUGCUGGUGGGGCAGCCGCCGUUCGACACCGCUACGCUCAAGGAGACCUACGCGAGAAUCUGCAAUAACCAUUACCGCGAGGUAGACGACAGUAUCGCGAGCAGGAGCGGUCAGGAUCUGAUCAGGUGGCUGCUGCAAUCCAAUCCCGAGCUAAGACCGAGCCUGGAGAGAGUGAAGGAGCACGCUUACCUCACCAAGGAGUACGUGCCGGCGUCCUUGCCCCACACUUGCUGCUACCAGAUGCCACCGACGUCGAUUGUCGAGCCAUCCUCGGUCUCUACUGUCGCCAGAAGCCAACAAGAGGCCAACAAAGCGCAGCAGGUAUGGCAGCAGAGCCUCGUUCAUCCCGACGCGUCUGGCAUGCCGCGUUAUCAGCAACAAUCGAUUCAAGCUCAACAGCAGCAGCAAUUGCAGCAGCAACAUCUACUCAAUCGCUCGCAGAAAAGCCUGCAGAAGGAGUCCAAGGUUUCCAGCUGGCUCGUCAGAAAAUUACCGAAGCUGCCGCGGUUCCGGCAACGGCUUAGCAGCGUGCUCUGUCCGGACCACAAGAAGAUCGGCCUCGUGGCGCAAAGCGUGCAAAUGCAUCGCGCUCUGGAGGCCUGCGUGACGGAGAUGAAGCGCAACAACACGUGCAACCCGCCGACCGUGGAGGACAUCGUGCCGCUUUUCGUCACCAAGUGGAUCGAUUACUCGAAUAAGUACGGGCUGGGCUUCCAAUUGUCCGAUAAGUCGGUCGGCGUUCUCUUUAAUGACAACACGAAGAUCAGUUACACUCACGAUAGAAGAAGAGUGGAAUACAUGACGACCGACGACGAGGUGACGCGAUAUCACCGAGAAAAGGACAUCCCAUUGGCGCUGCAGAAGAAACUCGAGUUGCUCCGUCACUUCACCGAAUAUAUGGACGAUUUCCUCACAGAAGGUGGUGAGCUGAAAAAAUAUCGCGCGCCGCCGCGACAGUCGAAAAACGCUUGCGUGCCGCGAAUGAGACGGUGGCUGCGUACAGACAAGGCCAUCGUGAUGGAGCUAACGGUACCUCUCCUGCAAGUGAAUUUCUUCGUGGACCACACGAAGAUGGUAGUGUCGCAGGAAUCGCCGGGUAGGGGAUACUUGAUCACUUACAUCGACACGGGCCGACACGCAUCUUCCUAUUGGCUGAACGAUCUGCGUGACCUCGGCUGCACCCCGGACCUCUACGAGCGGCUGUACUACGUCUGCAAAGUGACGCGCGAGUUCGCCGAGCUAGACAACAACACGAUCGCUUGACCGCCGGCGAAUUCCCGCGAAACGCGCUAUUCUCUCAGACGCUGAGACGAAAAACGGCCGAGACGAUAUCUUACGGACCUGAUUUCGAGCUCUCAUCCGGGCAACCUCUUUCCUCUUCUCAAUCGGAUUCCAUAGUUGUCAAAUUCCCCCAAAUCGCAUCGGCCAUCACGAUGACACGUAACUAUUGCGAUGAGAAGAAACAGAAAAUACUCCGACUCUCCGGUUCAAUGGAGGAAGUAGCGGGGCUGCUUAAGCGCGUCACGGUACAUACCGUUACGUGCAUUUCUCAGGAGGUCGUAAAUAAGAACACGUCACGCGUGCGGGUCCGAGAAGGCGUGUCACACACGCGAAAAGAGCCGCGGUUUGAGUGCUUCCGUUGGGAUUUACGGGCUUGUGCGUUGUUUUCGCAAAAGUCAGAGGUGGCCGCCCGCCGAAAUAGCAUUUGCAAAUGGAGAAUGAGUCGCCGAAAACUAACAUACUAUUUCUACGCACAGUGGCUCUCGUUGCUGGUCACGCGAACGCGAAAAUUCAUAUGAUAAAAGCACCAAUACCUGAACAAAUACCCAACUCUGGUUUUCUCUUUUUAGCCUUUAAAUACGUUUAAGCUUUCAACAUAGAAUAUAUGUAUACAUUCGAUAUGUGUACAUUCGACAUAUAUAUUAUAUGUUGAAAAUUUAAACAUUCAUGUUUAAAGACCCAAACAAUAGAAAGAAUGUUAAGUAUAUAUCCAAGCAUUGGUACUUUCACUUUAAUUUGCAUUUUGCAGAAGAUCUCGUACUCCUCGUGUAAGAAUCAUUCUGUAAAUCCGCUGAGAUAUAUCGAGAUCAAUACGAACGUCGUGAACGAUUAGAUCAAAUCGAUAAGAUAUAAUCGCGUUCGGUGACAUCUUUCAUCGUACAGGAUGCAAAACGGGUCACGAGUAGGAGUGUCAACAACAUUGUUACUACCUCCAUUAAAUAGGUAUGUGUGUGUGUGUGUAUAUGUGUGUGCGUGUGUGUGUAUAUAUAGCACAGUCGUUAGUGUAUUUAUUUUUCAUGGCGCAGAUCUCCCUAGUUCAGUGCCUAUAUCAAGUAAGUGAUCGACACAUUCGGUAGAUUAGUUUUGUCGGGCGUAAAUCGAGCAAAUAGUUUUGUUACAUUCGAUUAAGUGUGUUACUUUUCGCGCACACGCGCAAUGUUGUGUCGUUCGAAACGAUAAACGUUCUUCACGUACAAAGAAGUAUUUCCGCUGAACAAACACAAUGUUAACAAAAUCUAAACUCCAUUAUUCCGUAAUUCGUUGUUAAGACACCGUGUUGCCUGUAAACUUUUGAUUAUCCAGGAGAAAGAGAGUUUGAAUCUCAUAGGAAGUAAGAGAAGACGAUCGACAUACAUAAAAAAGGAAAAGAAUCUAAAGAUAUCUGAAGGCAGUUUCGAUUUUUCACACGUUCUCUGAUCUCUUGAGAUAUUCUUCGGACUAUAUGUUAUUGAUUAUGAAAGAAAGAGGAAAGGAAAAAAACGAGAUAUUUGUGAUACUGUGAGAUUGUUGUUGGAAAUUGGAUCUGAUGCGAUUUGAAGUGUGUGUGCGUGUGUAUAUGUGUAUUGCAAAAAUGAGAAGAAUCGUCGAAACGCGUCUGUCGGUAGUGCGCGUAAAAGAGAGUAUAUCCUGUGUUUAUCACGUUAUUUUUUAAAAACCAAUUUUUUCAUGAAUUUUGGGAUCGACUUUUUGUUUUAUCUAAUGUGAUAUAUGCGUUGUAUUUAUACAUAUAUAUAUAUAUAUAUAUAUAUAUAUAUAUAUAUAUAUAUGUAUGUAUGUAUGUAUGUAUAUAUAUAUAAACGUGAGGAUUCGUCGUCAUGAGGUCUUUUGAUACGGUUUGUCGUUGAGUACUUAAAGAGAAAAACCGGCUAAGAGAACGCCUCGCAGGCGUUGCCCACUAUACGAUGUUCCAGGAAGGUGCGGUUAAAAACGAAAAAGAAUAAAUUUCUAGCAAUCCUAGUCACGCUCCUUUUUCACGUUUCUAGAUUUAAGAGCGACGAGUGUCUCACUGCCAUCGUUGUUAACGCCGUGGUAACGCGUUGCUACUGUAUCUCCAGGCUGUUACGUUAUAGUUAAUAAUACUAUUUAUUAGUUGCGUUCGCGCGCGUACACUUGUUGAAAGUUCAUCAUGCGUUAUUACUUGUUGUUACGAUGGUGUGAAUAACGCUUCUGUUAGCUGUGCAUGCCGUCGACGAGAUUCUCAAGUGUCGCGAGCAGCGUCGCCGUGGGAAUUCUUGCGCGUGCGACGCGAUAUCGCAUCCCUUCGUAUGCAUUUUUCGGGAGCGACGCGACGGGUCCCGUCAAAAAGUUGUUCUACUUCCUGUUAUCGUGUAUAUUAACUAUUAUAUAGUUAUCGCUAGUUCUAUUAUUAUUGUUAUCACUCUAUUACUCUAUAUAUAUAUUAUCGUAUAGAUAAUUAUUGAUAUUAUUAUAAGAAUUAUAUAUAUAUAUAUAUAUUAUAUGAAAAUAUUGUGCUGCUAGCGCUAUUGACACGUAAUCGAUAAUACUAUUGUCACGACAGUGAACGCAAUUAUCUUUAGUACAAGUAUUAAUUACUCACUUAGCAGUAAUGGCAAUUAUUACGAUUAUUAGUAUCGCGCUUGUAUGUACGCGAGACAAUCCGCUGCAUCACCGGGUGAAUGAGUUUGUUACUUGCAUCCGACACGACGGCUACUGUCACACAAUCACCGAGUGCAGUGAUAUUAUUAUUAUUAUAUUUUAUUUUUUAUCGGGAUUUUGUAUCGCAUAACGAUUGUGCGCGCGUUUCAUACAACGAGGCAGCGAUUAACACUAAAGAUCUCAGAUUUCUCGCUUUGUUCGUCUUCCACGAAGGAGAAAUAAAGCGUUAGAUUCGAAACAACAGACGUCGUUUCAAUUGUGGAGAGCGCAUCGUGUGAGUUGAAGGAAGAAGAGUGUCGUUAGCGAAACAUUUAAUAAAAACUACAUUUUUGACAAAGUAUAAA